UCACUCACUCAAUAUCUCCCUUCUUCGACCUCUUCUUGCUCUCUCUCUCUCUUCACACACUUUAAAAUCACCAUUAUAUUCCUCUAUAUAUCUUCCCCUCCAAUCUUUAGAGAUAUGACGCAGCAGAAUGUGAUGGUCUCUGAUGCCAAUUCCAGAAUCAACCUGGCUUUCACCGCCGCCGCCGUCUCUAACUCCUUCAAUUUCACCACCGCACCUCACAAGCCCCCCGCACCACUCGGCGGCGGCUUCAUCUCCAUUUCAAGGAAGAAGUUCUUGAAGACCCUCGACAUCAGUGGAGCCGCCAAAAUUAAUUCCUGGGUUGACUCCAUGCGGGCCUCUUCCCCUACACACCGCUCCACCACUCUCACCACCUCUCCUUUUGACCCAGAACGCAACUCUUGGAUCCUUCAUCACCCAUCUGCAUUAGACAUGUUUGAGCAAAUCAUCGACGCUUCCAGAGGAAAGCAAAUAGUUGUGUUUCUCGACUACGAUGGGACGCUCUCGCCUAUCGUUGACGACCCUGAUCGAGCUUUCAUGUCCAAUGGGAUGAGGAAGACGGUGAGAAACCUUGCCAGGUGUUUUCCCACCGCUAUAGUUAGCGGCAGAUGCAGAGACAAGGUGUACAACUUUGUUCGCUUGGCAGAGCUAUAUUAUGCAGGAAGCCAUGGGAUGGACAUUAAAGGCCCGACCAAAAUCUCUAAAUACAAUAAAGACAGUAAAGCGAUUCUGUUUCAGCCUGCCUGUGAAUUUUUACCCAUGAUAGAUAAGGUGUAUCAAUUGUUACUUGAGAAAACAAGCUCAACUCCUGGAGCUAAAGUGGAGAACAAUAAGUUCUGUGUCUCUGUUCAUUUUCGCCGUGUUGAUGAAAAGAAAUGGAGCGAACUGGCAAACCAGGUUAGAUCGGUGUUAAAGGAAUACCCCAAGCUUCGUCUUACUCAAGGAAGGAAGGUACUUGAGAUUCGUCCCCCCAUUAAAUGGGACAAAGGAGAGGCCUUGGAAUUUUUGUUAGAGUCACUUGGAUUUGCCAACUGUGCAGACGUGUUUCCUGUUUACAUUGGAGACGAUCGAUCCGAUGAAGAUGCAUUCAAGAAACUGAGAGAGAGAGGACAAGGGUAUGGCAUUCUUGUCUCCAAAUUUCCGAAAGAUACGAGUGCAUCUUACUCUUUACAAGAACCCGACGAGGUGAUGGAUUUUCUUCAGCGAUUAGUGGAGUGGAAAAGAGUUUCGGUGCGAGCUCGUUCCAGGGUGUAAAUGACAUAAAUGUAAAUGUCUACCCUGCCAAAAAAAAAGCUCAGGGUGGUAGGAUAUGGUAUAGGACACUUGUUAAUUUUUGUUCAGCUAAGAGGAACAAGACAAAUAUGUAAGGAUCGAUAAAGCAAAAGCCGAAGAAAGACACAAGUGUCUUUCUUAGUUUAGAUGUGACCAGCUAGCCAAGUACAGGAGGAACAUAUAUAUAUAUAUAUAUAUAUAUAUCAUUAAUUAUGUCAUUGUGUAACUUCAGAAGUUCAGAUAUAUCUGUCUACCUAAGUCUUAAAGCAUUAAUUGGAUCGAGCUGCUGCUUUAUUUAUA